AUGUCUAUGUCGGCCAACUCCACGCUCUGUUUGAGCAACGAGUCUGCCAGCCACUCCGCUGGUCUCCUGCACGCCGCCUACUACUCUGUACGCCUGCCCAACGUGGUCUCAACCGCGAUGCUUCCUGCGGCAUUUGUGUUCUCUACACUGGUGCUGUGGCGAUUAUGGCGGUUUACUGUGUUGCCUUUGACCUUCCUAAAGAGUUCCCAUACUGGAUACCAGUCUUGGGUUAGCAGCCCUGAGGAUUCGUCAUGCCCGUGCAUUUUUCCAGGACUCAAACGGCCUACUCGUAAGAGCCAGUCCCCAAGGUCAUACUUUGGUAGCUCCAAGGAGCCGUUCGCGCUAGUGGUGUUUGGAAAGACCUUUUACGUCGUCACCCAGGUCAAGCAGUCGGACGAAGUAUACCGAAACAGCGAGACUGUUUCCUUUGACGACUUUGUGCAGGCCCUCAUGAGGAACAAUGGCAAUGGCGAAGAGGUCAUCAAGACUGUGUACAAGGCCCUGCCCAUCGAUAAAGCCGGCUUCCCCAACCCAAGGGGCGAGUCCAUAGGCCGCUUGGCCUCUGGGAUGCACGCGCAUCAACUACAUCCGGGCGCGAAUCUGGUUGUUCUGCAGAAAAAGGUGCAAAAAUGGCUGAAUUGCCAUGUGCACCCCAAAGAAAUCUGUUCGAACCCCACGGCCACCUCGUCAGGCCGCAAGAGUGUCGAAGUACUGCUCUAUCAGUGGUGUUCAGAAUACUUUAUCCGGCUCGGCCAGGACCUCUACUUCGGAGAGAUGCUGGCGAAGAUUGAUCCCACACUUCCAUCCACGUUUUUGCUGUUCGAUGAGCUCAUCUGGAAGAUGCUCUACCAAUACCCGGGCUUUUUGUCCUCGGACAUGUCAGUUCCUAGGGCGCGGGUCAUCGCCUCGCUCGAUAAAUACUUGCAGGUGCCGCAGAAAGAGAGAACCGGAGGUGCGGCGUGGCUGGUCAAUGCCAUGGAAGAUGAGAUGAGGGCCGUGGGCGUCAAAGGAGAAAACCUCGCCGUCGUCUUAUUCCACCUCUAUCUUGCCAUAAACACAAACACCCGCAAAACAGCCUUCUGGGUCCUGGCGUAUCUCCUCCACAACCCCGAGCUGCUAGCCGCCUACCGUAGGGAAACAGCUCCUGCAUUUCGCGGAGCCGACCUGGCCGACCCGUUCAUGAUCCAAGACGCAGUGGCGUGUCCCGAGGUCGAUGCCAUCUGGCACGAGACGCUGCGCAUAUCGGGCUGGUCAGCGUCCGUCCGGCUCGUCACACAAGAUACAGUCAUCGGGGAGAAGCGCAUACGUAAGGGUAACCGCAUCAUGGUGCCGCAUCGAUUACUGCAUUUCGACGAAAGCAUAUUCGGCGACGCCACGCACCAGUUCCGCACCGACCGCUGGCGCAACAACAAAAACCUGCCUCGGAAUCCCUCGUUCCGGCCAUUUGGCGGCGGCAAGACCAUGUGUAGCGGACGGUUCAUUGCUCGAUUCUCCGUGACGAGCUUUGUAGCCACGCUCCUGCACCGCUUCGACGUCGAGCUGGUGGGAAGCCCCAGGUUCCCGCGUGCCGACGAGGGCCGACCUGUGCUGGGGACCAUGUCCAUCAGGGAGGGUGAUGAUUUCAAUGUCAGACUGACCCCCAAGCCGGAGUUUGCAGAAUUUCGGGACGAAAGUAAUGCGAGUUAUCCUGGCUCAGGCUUUUUAUAG